AUGAAAUCGGGUUUACGUUUUGUUGAUAUGGCGAAAGAGGGACCUAACUGGGACGGCUUGCUUAAAUGGAGCAUUGCUCAUUCCGACGGCACUGGAACCGCGAGAAAGUUAAGUGAGGAUGAUCGGAAAUGGUUCAUGGAAGCUAUGCAAGCUCAAACUAUUGAUGUGGUCAAACGAAUGAAAGAGAUAACUCUUGUUAUGCAAACUCCUGAUAAUAUCCUGGAGGAACAAGGAGUAACAUCAACAGAUCUUGAAGGUAUGCUUGAUGAACUUCAGGACCAUGUCGAAUCCAUUGAUAUGGCCAAUGAUCUUCACUCCAUAGGUGGUUUGACCCCUUUGCUCAACUAUCUUAAAAACUCCCAUGCUAAUAUCAGAGCCAAGGCUGCAGAGGUUGUAAGUACAAUUGUCCAAAACAAUCCAAAAAGUCAACAAUUAGUCAUGGAUGCAAAUGGCAUGGAACCUUUACUUUCAAAUUUCACUUCUGAUGAUGAUGUCACCAGUCGCACCAAGGCACUUGGUGCAAUUUCCUCUUUGAUCAGACACAACAAACCAGGGAUUGAAGCAUUCCGCCUUUCAAAUGGUUAUGCUGCUUUGAAAGAUGCUCUAAGCUCUGAAAGUGUUAGAUUCCAGAGGAAAGCACUGAACUUGAUUCAGUAUCUGCUUCAAGAAAACCCAAGCGACUGCAGUGUUGUUACAGAACUUGGGUUUCCACGAAUCUUGAGACACCUGGCAGGAAGUGAAGAUGCAGAAGUAAGAGAAGGUGCAUUGAGUGGUCUUCAUGAGCUUGCAAAGGUUGAAUCAUCAGUAGUAGAGAAAGAUGAUGAGAAAUUCAAAAAAGUACUUGAAGAUAGGAUUAAUGACAUCAGCAUGAUGUCAUUAGAGGAUCUUGCUGCUGUUAGAGAAGAAAGACAGCUUGUUGACUCUCUUUGGACUGCUUAUUACAACGAGCCAUCUUUGCUUAGAGAGAAGGGGCUUGUUGUUCUUCCAGAGGAUGAAGAUGAUGCUCAAAAACCACCGCCAGAUGUCGCGUCUAAAGUAUUCAAGUCUCCUCUUAGACCUCCACAGAGACCUCCAUCAAGUAAUGAUGAAAAGUCAAAAUCUGAUAAGAAAGAAACCCCUUUGUUACUUGGACCUUGAUUCUCAAAUCACAGGUUGCAAUGUUACUUUAUGUUUUGCUUUUUUCUUGUUGAAUAUUGUUUUUGUUGCUACGUUUUAAUAGUAUUUUUUCUUUAUGUGUAAAAUGCAUUUUGGAGGAAAUUUGUUUGAAUUAUGAGUUUCUUUUGUUAGUAUUGUUUUACGUAUGUUUGAUCAUGUGGAGGCUUGUAGUUGAUCUCAAGUCUCUGAGAAAACGGUUCUCAGUUUAGAAAAAAACCAAAGUAUUUAUAAGAAAAUUGGAUACUCAC